AUGGCCGACUCAGCACCAUCCAGCGCAUACCGCGAAUACCUCCCCGACCUCUCCAUCCCGCGGUUCACCACCAUGGCCAAACAAGACGCUCACGUCUAUGCCGAGUCAUUCAAAGAAUCCGGGAUCCCACCCUGGAUCCACGCCCUUUACAAGCACUGGCUCGAACUGCUCAAAGAGCCGUUCAAGGGCGUGACCAGCGACGGCAUGGUGCGACACGGCCUCUUCAAGAUCCAGGACGAAGGCAUCCCCAUGGCGGACAUCGUCUCCAAGACAGAGACGCUUGUGUCUCACCUCUCGCCCGCCCAGACCGCACGACUCCAACACCACAUCGACAGCCCGGAGUGGCGGACGUGGUCGAACCCCGAAUUCCUCCUCAGCGACAAGGGCAUCCGGCUGGACGAACUCGACCUCUCGGUGCGGGACAACGUGCUCGCCGUGCUGAGCGCGACGCUUUCCCCGGAGGGGUACGAGAAAGCUAUCUCGGCAAUGCGCAUCAACGGAUUCCUGGGCGAGCUGGUGAGCGGGACGGCCGUGAUGAAUGAAUACUCGUAUAACUUCGUGUUGUUCGGCACGCCGUCCACGAACGGGCCAUGGGGAUUCGGCUUCUACGGCCACCACUUGUGCUUGAACGUGUUCUUGUACCGUGCCCAGAUCGUGGUCUCGCCGUGGUUCACGGGCGCGGAACCCAACAUCAUAGACCACGGCCCCUACAAGGGCACGCGCAUUCUGCACGAGGAGGAAAGACUGGGCCUCGAGCUCAUGCAGUCCCUCUCUGCGGAUCUCCAGGCCAAAGUCCAGACCUACAAGGCGAUGCGCGACCCCGCCAUGCCCGAGGGCCGCUGGAACCACGACGACCAACGCCACCUGUGCGGCGCGUACCGUGACAACCGCGUCGUACCGUACGAGGGUGUCAUUGUCUCGUCGCUGGGCCAGCAUCAACAGGAUCUUGUCACUGCCAUCCUGACCCAAUACCUCCUCUACUUGCCGGAGAAGGCCCGCGCUAUCCGUCUGGCCGAAUACCAAGCCUUCUACUCGGAGACGUAUUUCUCGUGGAUCGGUGGCUUCGACAACGACUCUCCUUUCUACUUCCGCAUUCAGUCCCCGGUCGUGAUUGUCGAAUUUGACCACCACUCGGGCGUGUUCUUGACCAACAAAGAGCCGGCGAAAUUUCAUAUCCAUACAUUGUUGAGGACGCCGAAUGCAGGCGAUUAUGGCAUGGCGUUGAGGCCAUUGUGCGAGGGUACCGUCAACCAGAAUUUCGUGUGGAAGGGAUAG